CCGCCUGCGGUUGACGCACGCGUGCAGCCGCCAUAUUGCAUGCGUCAUAUCUAGUGUAGCGAUGGCGCACGCCUCUAGCGCACGCCUCGAGACAUGGCGGAGGACAAAGAGAAAACGCUGGAAUUCAUAGAAGACUACCACACAUGCCGCAUCCUCUGGGACCAGAACAACAUAGACUACACGAAUAAGAAGAAAAGGUACGGCGCCCUCACCGCCCUGGGGCAGAAGCACUGCUUGGACGUGCAGAUGGUGAAGAACAAGAUAAAGAGCUUGCGGUCCUAUUUCUCCAAGGAGCAUCAGAAAGUGACAAAAAAUUGCGCCCCGCCCGGCGAGAGCUAUCAGUCGUCGUGGUUCGCUUACAACUCGCUCUUGUUUAUUUUGGACUCGACGACGGCCAAAGAUAGUGGGGAGAAUACUUAUGAAUACACAGCAACACCGGAGGAGACGACUGAGUACGAGCAAUUGCUAUCAGCUAAUCUAUCAGAGGGAGAACAUGAGUUUAUCCAUCCCGCGCGCGCUAAGAGGAGCUUCAGCAAAACCAAAGUUGAUGAAAGAGAAAGAGAAGAAGACUGCUCGAAGUCUCCCGAUGAGUGCGCCACCUUCGGCCAGCUGGUGGCGCACAAGCUCAGGAAGCUCAACCCUCGGAACAAGCUGCUGGCCGAGCGCCGCAUCGCCAACAUAUUCUUCGACCUUGAGCUGGAGGAGUUGGACAGGACGGACAGUUCUGUGUUUAUGGCUGUGAUGCCGCCUAGUUAGAUGAGUGACGUACAUGCUAGGAAGCUUAGGCCGUGAGGCCUAGGCAUGCAAAUUUAAAAAAAGAGACAUUUUAAUUUGCAAAAAUUUGCAAGUAACUUUGCAAGGUGGAAUAACAGGAUUAAAUGGGUUAAAACUUUAAGACAGCUGUUGGAAAAAAACGGUGAAACUCCUUAUAAAAGUUGGCUAUAGAAGUAUAGACUUACCUACAUUAUUGUUAUUCUGUAGUCUGUACAUAUUGUAAAACAAAGUUCUCUGCUUUGUCUGUCUGCCUGUUCGCGAUGAACUCAAAGACUACAUAACAUAUUUUUAAAGAAGAAAGUUUCCGUGUACCUACGAAUUGUCAAAAUUUUGUUAUAAUUUAUUGAAAUAUGACGAUAUUGGAAGAGUCCGCUAUUUGUAAAUAAAAUGUUGUAUACAAUUAAGAUUAAAUUUCUUCUGUCAUGUUGUUCCUAAAGAAUUGCAGAUUAUCCCUUGCAUAUUGAGGACACUUUUUAUACUAAAUGACAAAAUAUUUUAGUCAAACAGAUGGCCCAUGGAUGGCCCACUUGAUGUUAAAAGAACCAUCAACCAAUGAUAUUUUAUACUAGAGAUGGGGCACUAGCGCAUCAAAACUAAGACGGACAAAUGUGGAAAAUUGACUUAAUUUCAUUUAGUCGCUUAUUAAACAACGACCGUUAUUUAAACAAAAUAUCGUAUAAAAUGUCGAGUUGUGUGUUCAGGAAGUGUAAAAACUAUAUAUAAUAUAAAAACUAUAUAAUAUAUUGUGCAUGUGUGCGCUCAGUGGUGUAGCUAAAUUCGGAUCACUUUUUGCAGUGAUUUUGUUGGGACGUAACCUAUCUAUAGUAUAAAGUUAUCAUUGCCAUCAACAAAUUGAACAUUAUUGCGAAUGACAUUACAUUGUUAUUGCAUUUUUGUUUUUUUUGUUAGACAUCAACCCUGCCAGGUAUUCCUUUUGUUAUAACCAGCCCUAGUCGCUAGUGCGGCGGCCGCCCACACAAUGCACAUCCGGUGAAUUGUGCGAUCGGAUCUGCAUCUUCAUGCUCUCCUGCAUACAUACACGUCGGUGGGGUAAAAUAAACCCUACAGGUCAUUGAAAUAAGGUAGAAAACGUACUGAACGUUUGUUUACUAUCUACGUAAUACAAGCACAGUAAAAAAAUGCAUGCAUGUUGCCCACGGACUUUUGUAUAGCUAGACGCCGUUGUUUCAUUGAAUAGUAUGUAAUCCAACAAUGACUUAGUAUUUAUUCGUAAUAGUAAUAUCGUCCUCUCAGAAGUGUACCAAUUCCAACUCUGGGCUUAUAGCUUUUACUGCGCAUUUCUUGAAAGAAAGAAUAGCCCCAACCAGGACGGAAACCCAGGCCCUCGUGAUACGAAACCACAUAGGCUAACUAAUGAACCAAUGAGGCGGGUGUGGGUAGGUAGUAGGUACUAUACUAUAAAGUAAGGCACGUAAUCUCGUGCCUAGGGGUCGCAAAACUCAUUGAAUUACCGCGUGUCCCGGGGUGGGUCUCGACACCGCACCCCCUAACCCCCUACCGCUAGAGGUCCGGGGGCCAUGCCGUCGACAUAUUUCGCACGUUCACGUAAAAUAUUUUUAUCUCCACGUUUUAAAACUGACUUACCUACCUACCCUACCUACCUAGCUAGCUGGCUAGCUACCUAGCUAAAAUUUUAACCAUUUUUCGUAUGUACCUACCUACCUAUAACUUUUACUGUACAGUUUUCCGGCAACUAUAAUAUCUCAAUCAAGCUUAUAUUUUCGUUAUAACAAAGUGCUUUUGAAAUAAGUGAUUAACUAAACGGAGUGCACGCAGCUGUUCAAUAUUCCAUACCCUAAAUAAUACUUGUGUAAAAUUGAAACUUGAAAGUAAAAAAAUUUAAACUUGAAAUUGAAACUUGAAACUUGAAAGUAAAAUUGAAACUUGAAAAUCCAUUAAUAACGAGACACCCUGUAUAAUACAGUUGUCUCGUUAUUAAUGGAUAAAACGCAAAUACUAGAUACACCUAAUUAUCUUAAACUAAUUUGGACAGAACCGGUGAAUCAUUUGCAAAGCAGCCAGCCAGAUAUAGAUUUUGCGUCCGGUCUUUUGGUCCAGUGGCAACUAGCCUAUGUGGCAUCGGUUCACUAUACCCGGGUUCGAGUCCUUGUUCGGGCUAUGCACUGAGCGCUAUUCUUCUAAGAAAAUUUCAGUUAGGACAUUGGUGUUACACCUCGGAACCUCGGUGAGCACUUUUAAAUCCGUCUGUCCGGUCACUACCACUAUCAAAUAUUAUGAUAGUCAUUAUCAUCUGAUAGUGGUAGUUAGAAAAUUUAAUAUUAUAAUUUAUCACCCUAAGUCCGCAAACCCGCAUUAAAGAAGAAUGGUGGGUAUAAGCUUCAUAUCCCCUCGCCUAUACAGAGGAAGGCCUUGCCCUGUAGUGGGACGUCAAACUUCUGAUUACGAUGAUAAAUCAUCAAUCGAUCCUAUGCUACAUUUUAUCCUCGUAUAACCAGUAGUAGUAUGCACUUCAUAGAUACGAAAAUGUGCUGCCUAUCGUAUAAAUUAAAUUAAAAUUACAUUAAAUAUAACCGUAUAACCAUAUUCGCGCGGGAACUAUAAACACAAAAUAAAUAAAUAAAAGUACGCGAGUGAAACCGCGGGGCGUCUGCUAGCCUGCCAAUUGCCUACUCAGCCGGGGUUAUACCGUCGAAUCAGUGGCGUGCAUAAGGUUGUUGAUCAAGGGUAUGCACUAGUGGAUAAGCAUCAACAAAACAUUUGUCAGAGUAUGCAGUACCUUAAUGCACGUAUGAAGUGCACGUCACUGCGUCGAAUAGCAUCCCCAGAGCACGGCGCUAUUCCGGAGGGAAGGCCGGAAUUCCAGUCAUGCGUGACGCGAGCGGCGCGCGGGUGCGACCCGGUCAUGAGCCGUGCCGCUCAGUACAUGCAUGUCUAUACCUUUUUUAUAUGGAAUAUUUGCCAUAUCCUUUAAAUAUGACCGAUAUUCCGUAUAUUUAGCGGGCUGGGAUCGAAACCAUGAACUCUCGGUGUUGACUCCGGUGUCCGGGUCCUUUUACCAUUGAGCUAUAUAUAGGCUUUUUAUAAUACCUAAUUGUAAGAAUUUUGUACAUUCAUGUAUGGACUCAGAAUUGUAAAACUGUAUAAUUUAUAGUAGUAGACAAGCAAUGACAUUGUAAAAAUAUCAUUAGGACAAGUGACACAUUAUAACACGAGCGGCAGUGGUGUGCUUAAGGUUUUUAACUAGGGUGAAGACGUGAUAGCAUAGUGGAUACGACUUCUGCCUCCGAUUCCUCAGAGUGUGGGUUCGAAUCCGGGGCAUGCACCUCUAAUUUUUCAUUUGUGUGCAUUUUAAGAAAUUAAGUAUCACGUGUCUCAAACGGUAAAGGAAAAACAUAGUGAAGAAACCUGCAUACCAGAGAAUUUUCUUAAUUCUCUGCGUGUGUGAAGUCUGCCAAUUCAAGCGUGGUGGACUAUUGGCCUAACCCCUCUCAUUCUGAGAGGAGACUCGAGCUCAGCAGUGAAGCCGAAGUGCAGCCGAAUAUGGGUUAAUAAUAAUAAUAAUGGACUAUAAGUAAAAAUUGUAAAAUUCCUUGUCCAACUAUGUAUUCUGUGGUCCAACAAAGGUUUGUAUUGAGUCCUUAGCGUAGGCAGUGCAUUAUUGCAUUUAUGAAGUGCCAUUGACGAGCGGACGCACGCAACUCCGUUCGCCUGAAUUUAUUUUUUCACAAAUCCCGCGGGAUUGGUAGACUUGCGAUAUAAUUAUCAGAUCAAGAGAUUUACUAUUGACUAAGUAGGUAGACAUCUAACUUUCUAGGUUGAUUAAUAUCACUAUCCACCUAUCGUGCUUACCAUUUUAUUUCCGCUCAGUAUCGACGACUUAGCCAGAGUAAACUUAGCGCUCUUUAAUUGGAUAUUUUUGUACAUCAAAAUGGAUUUCUGAUGAAAUGAAAUGGCAAUCAACUUCCAACUGGUGACAUAUCAAGGGUUAGGUAUGGUUUACUUAAACAUUUUGUGGAUAGAUGUACCUAUAAAUAAAUUAAAUAUUCUUUAUUUUAUCAUGGUGGCGGAGUGGUAUGCACUGGUGGAUUUACAAGACGGAGGUCCUGGGUUCGAUCUCAUCGAUUCUCAAUUGGUCCAGGUCUGGCUGGUGGAAGGCUUCGGCCGUGGCUAGUUACCACCCUACCGGCAAAGACGUACCGCCAAGCGAUUUAGCGUUCCGGUACGAUGCCGUGUAGAAAUUGAAAGGGGUGACUAUUUUCAUCCUCUUAACAAGUUAGCCCGCUUCCAUCUUAGAUUGCAUCAACACUUACCAUCAGGUGGGAUUGUAGUCAAGGGCUAACUUGUAAUGAAUAAAAAAAAAAUCAUCCACUGCUGGUGUAAAAUUUCACCCAACCACAACCACACAUUCAUUGCAACAUUGUUGCUAUACCUACUGUAUGCGGAUAGGUAGGUAGUUUGUGGGAACAAAAUAGCUACGCUAAGGCUGUACUAGAUAGAUAUAGGUAAACUGCUCGUUGAAUGCGAUCUGCUGAAUCAGUGCGCGGCGUUGCCGCUCCGCGCGGCCGCGGCUGCGGGCGCGGGUCGGAUGCCGCGGCGCCACGUUGCCGCUCCGUGCGGGCGCCGCGUUGCCACCCCGCGCCUUCGCGUUCCGAUACCAUUCAUACUAUUGCAAUUAAUAUCUUCGGGAAUCCGUGUUCCGUGGAAUUAUGCAUAACAACAACAUUAAAAAAAUGUUAAUCCAUCCAUGUUACUUUGUUGGUAUGUCUGUUAUCUAAUCGCAGACUUUAGAUAAGUGAUACGUACGCAAUCGACUGAUUGAUAUCUGCGUAGGUACUGUCGCUACUAUGUCGUAACAGUGUCAUUUUAUGGCGUCGUCAUGUUCAUUGUGUGCCUACCAUUGAUUUAGAUGUUAACACCAAUGAUGUUAGAAGAAAAAAAGGUAGACAGGUUAUACGCGGAUCGCAAGUGGCACGUUAAAACUAUGCUAAUUAGCAAACCUGAGCUGAUGAGCUCAGUAGCGCUAUUGACAUCGCCACUGAAAAAUUUUUGUGUUUCCACAGCGUGCCAGUUGUAAACAUCGAAUGUGGCUUAUGAAACUUAUCUACCACCUUUUUCAA